CGGAACUGUAUCCCAAAAAAAGAAAAGGCUAACGCCUUUUUCUGGUUGUAACUGUAUAAAAUAAAGUAAUUCAUGAAUCAAAAUAUCAAGGAAUAGAGAGUAAUCGAAGUAGAUACUAUUACAGAGAGAGAGAGAGAGAGAGAGAGAGAGAGAGAGAGAGUUUGCAUAACUAUCAACUCAGAGUGUUUCAGGUUUCUGCUGCAAACAUGAACUGUCUUCAGAAUCUUCAGCGAUCCUAUGUUUUGCCCUUACAAGUAUCCACGCGCCACCACAGGAACCAUCCUUUCUGUUCUGUUUCACUGGGAAUCAGCAAGAGUUCUCAUCAGAAUCGAAGUAUGGCAAUUAAGUCUGCUUCUGGUUCCAUACCAAGUGCAGAGACCAGUAGUUUUGAUAUGAAAGAGGAAAAGUCUGAGACAUAUAGUAACAACAUGACAGAAGCCAUGGGUGCUGUUUUGACAUAUAGGCAUGAAUUGGGAAUGAACUACAACUUCAUCCGUCCAGACUUGAUAGUAGGAUCAUGCCUACAGACUCCCGAAGAUGUUGACAAACUUCGGAAAAUUGGAGUGAAAACUAUAUUUUGCUUGCAACAAGAUCCAGACCUAGAAUAUUUUGGAGUUGAUAUCAAUGCCAUACGAGAAUAUGCCAAGGCGUGCGGUGACAUUCAGCACUUGCGUGCUCAGAUAAGAGACUUUGAUUCAUUUGAUUUACGGAUGCGUCUCCCAGCUGUAGUUAGCAAAUUAUACAAGGCAAUAAAUUCCAAUGGAGGGGUGACAUAUAUACAUUGCACUGCUGGACUUGGAAGAGCUCCAGCCGUUGCGUUGGCAUAUAUGUUUUGGGUUCAGGGUUAUAAACUCAAUGAGGCUUAUAAACUUCUCCUGAGCAAAAGGCCAUGCUUUCCGAAACUGGAUGCCAUUAAAAGUGCGACUGCUGACAUUCUUACAGGCCUCAGUAAGAAGUCUGUCACUUUAUCAUGGGAAGGCAGUAAUUGCUCUUCAGUGGAAGUUUCAGGACUCGAUAUCGGAUGGGGGCAGAGAAUGCCCUUAGAUUUUGAUGACAAGCAAGGUUUGUGGUCUCUCAAGAGGGAAUUGCCUGAAGGGCACUAUGAAUACAAGUAUAUAGUUGAUGGGAAAUGGAUAUGCAACAAGAAUGAGCUUAUAACUUCUCCCAACAAAGAUGGCCAUGUCAACAAUUUUCUUGACGUCCUUCAUGAUCCCAGCAGUGUUGGCGCAUUGCUUAGGGAGAGAUUGACUGGUGAUAAUCCUGAUCUCACAAAGGACGAAAGGCUGAGAAUAAGAGAGUUUCUUGAAGCCUAUCCUGAUGAGACUGAGCAGUGAACCAUCAAUGGUUCAUAUGUAAAGAAAUAGAUGCACGUUUAUAAAUAAAAGAGUCAUCAAAUUUGAACCAUAGAUAAGAUCUAUGUUACAAAAAAGAGAAAAAUAUGUUGGGAUGCAGCAGUAUGUGUUGAGUUGGAUGGAAAUAAAAUGAUCGUAGCACAAUUCAACCAGUGCAAAUGUAUCAUGAUGACAUGUAAGAUGGCUGUUAAAAAGAUAAUACAGUUAUAACUUGUACCCAGUUGCCUUCAGAUUUUCAGUAAAUGUUUACAUCAUUAUCAUCCACUCAUGUGUAAGCAUAUUCUUAAAGUUUUUCUUUUCUGGUAAUAAUAAAUUAUUUUUCUCUCUGGUUUUUU